AUGAGUUAAGAAAUCUAAAAAGAAGAAGAAAAAGAGAAUUAAAGUCCUAUUGUUUCUAAAGUUUAUGAAAAUGUUAUUAUAUUUAAGAAUCUUUAAAUUAAUAUGGAUGAAACUUUAAAGAAAUAUCAAGAAUAAUAGAUUGGACCUGAUAUAUAUAAAUAUAAUGUUAUCUCAUUACCAGAUAAUGAUAAAAUUUAGAAUGAUUCAAAAUUAAAAAUAUUUUGUGAAGAAAGAGAUUUCAAUGGAAUUUUAUAGAAUAAAGAUAAAUAAGUUUAACUCAAUAGAUUUUCUAUGAAAUCUCCAAAACCAGAAUUAAAUUUAAUUAAGAAACUUCUGUUAUCAAUGCAUGUUGGAGAAGAAUCAUGGUUCAAGAUAUGCAAUUUUAGUAAUUAGAAUGAAGAUUCAAAUGAAAAUGAUAAAUAAACAACAGUUUUUAGAUAUUUUAAGAUAAAAAUAGUAGAAUAAUAAAUAAUUGAAAAACCUUUAGAUUUAACAGCCUUAGAAAAGUAUAAUAGUUUAAUUUUAUUAAAUAGUCGUUUUCUUUAAUUUGAAAAGUUUAGAAAAGAUGGAAAUACUCUAUUUAAUAAUAGUUAAUUUGAAAAUGCUAUUAAAAAGUAUAAAAAGGGAAUUAACUUUAUGGAGGCAUGGCCUAAAAUAUAUGAUUAAGAUAUAUAAGUCCAGUAAAAAAAGAAAUAUUAUUAUUACUUAUUUUGUAGUAAUAUGGCUUAAUCAUAUAUUCUAUUAAAGGAAUAUGAAAAAGCCAUUAUGAUUUUAGAGGAUAUUAUACCUUAAUGUAGAGGGAAUGUAUAAAAUUGAAUAUGAUAUUUUAGGAGUUUGAAAUAAAAAGUUACUAUAGAAUAAUAGUAUGUUAUAUGAAAACUAGAGAAUUCGAUAAAGCAGAAAGAUAUUUAAGAGAAGUUAAACAUGUUUGUUAAUUGGAUGUAGAUUAAUCUUAACUUUUUAAUUGGUUAGAAAAAGAAUGUAAACCAUUAAAAAAAGUGAAAAUAUGA